AUGGGGCUAGUCGACCUGUUCACCGAUCUAAUUAGCUCACUACCUUUCGCGGAGGCGCACGCCGAAGCACCGCCAGCCGAGGACGCUGCCCCGGUCGACGACGCGGAGAAGGAAGAGCCCGAGGAGGAGCAAGAAGAAGAGGAGGAGGCGGAGGAGGAGGAAGUUGAAGAUAUUAAGCCCAAGUUGGAGGAGGAAUGCGCCAACUCCUCCAAAUGCGCGCCCGCAAAGCACCACUUUAAUGAAUGCGUUGAGCGAGUUACCCGAAACAGCGAAGAUCCCGAUUUCAAGGGUCCCCACGAGGACUGCGUUGAGGAGUUCUUCCACCUCCAGCAUUGCGCAACCCAAUGCGCCGCGCCCAAGCUCUUCCGGGCCCUCAAAUAA